AUGUCUAUGAUCACAACGGCAACAUGGGCACCGCGAGGCUUCGCGGCGCCCUUCCCACAGAAGUAUGACUUCGACGAGGAAGAGUUCGAGCGCAUCGCCUCGCUGGCCAAGCUGAACUUGGACGAUGCGAACGACGACCUCGAAGAGGCGAAAGCAAAGGAGGAGAAGGGCAGCUCGGACACAGAAGAGUCGAAGAAGGCCACUGACGGAAUCAAGGACGACAUCGAGAUUGACGACGACCUGAAGGAGUACGACCUAGAGCACUACGACGACGACCCAGAGGAGGAUAUAGAAGUCGCACAGAGCAUGGGCAUGUUUGGGAACGUCAAAUCGCUUGCAUACUAUGAGAACAACAAGGAGGACCCCUACAUCACGAUACCCGACGCCGUGGACGACAACGAGGAGCGGGAGGAGCUGCAGAUUCUUGCCACAGACAACCUAGUCCUAGCAGCGAAGGUCGAGGACGAGCUGGCACAUCUGGAGGUCUACGUAUACGAAGAUGACUCCGACAAUCUCUACGUGCACCACGACAUCAUGCUGCCUGCCAUACCCCUGUGUGUCGAGUGGCUAGACAUUGCUUGCGGCAAGUCGAGCGUCGAUAAGGAUGCGACGGCCAACUUUGUCGCCAUCGGUACCAUGGACCCCGAUAUCGAGGUUUGGGAUCUCGACACAGUAGACUGCAUGUACCCAAAUGCUGUCCUGGGGCAGGGAGGCAACCCAGAGGACGAAAAGAAGAAGAAGAAGAAGAAGAAGAAGAAGUCGAAGAAGGCCAACGACGAGUAUCACGUCGACGCAGUGCUGUCACUCGCAGCGAAUAGGAAACACAGGAACCUCCUCGCCUCCGCCUCCGCCGAUAAAACCGUCAAGCUGUGGGAUCUGCACACCUCAAAGUGCGCCAAGUCAUACACCUACCACACCGACAAGGUCUGCUCUAUCGCAUGGCACUCCGUCGAGUCCACGGUUCUCCUCAGCGGCAGUUACGACCGUACUGUAGUCGCCUCGGACAUGCGGGCGCCGGAGGCGAAGCCGCGCAGGUGGGGUGUUGAGAGCGACGUUGAGAACGUGCGGUGGGACUCGCACGACCCCAACUUCUUCUUUGUCUCUACCGAGAACGGUGUCGUCCACUACUACGACGUCAGGAACGCGCCUUCAGACCCGGCCAAGAGCAAGGCAGUGUGGACAUUGCAGGCACACGACCAAUCUGUUUCAUCAUUCGACCUGAACACCGCGAUACCCGGCUUCAUGGUGACGGGCUCUACGGACAAGACGGUCAAGCUCUGGAAUAUACAAGCCUCAGGGCCUUCGCUGGUGGUCUCUCGUGAUCUCGAUGUCGGGAAGGUCUUCUCCACGACAUUCGGUCCCGAUCCAGAGGUCGCAUUCCGGUUAGCUGUGGCUGGCAGCAAAGGCACGAUGCACAUCUGGGAUACCAGCACGAACGUGACCGUUCGCCGUGCGUUUGCUGGCAAGCUACCUGACGUUAAGCCAGAUGAGGAAGUCAAGGAGAGGCUGGUUGGGGUUACUAAUGAUGAAAGCGACUCUGAUGACGACGAGGAGGAGGAAGAGGAGGGCGAGGGCGAUGGAGACGAAUCCAUGGAAGAGGAUUAG